GAUGUGUGUGUGUUUAUUCCAGAUGUGUGGAUCAGUCACGGCAGCGUUAGUUGGGUUGGCCGGGUCGGGGUACUGUUUUGUCAUCUCUGCCAUGGCCAUGUUGGAGGGACCUCAGUGUGACACCGGUCUGGGAUGGUCCUAUCCCUUCGCCAACGAGGGAGGAAGGUACCUGUUUGAACAGGAGACGUGGUCUAACUGUUCAUAUCCCGUCAGCAUUGUGGAGUGGAACGUGACUCUGCUGUCCAUCCUGCUGGGUCUCAGUGGGUUGGAGUUUAUCAUCUGUUUCCUACAGGUCAUCAACGGACUGGUGACAGCCGUCUGCAGACCCUGCUGCUACAAACAGGACUAUACCCUCAACGCCUGAACACACACACACACACAAAUGUGACACACACACACACAAAUGUGCCACACACACACACACAAAUGUGCCACACACACACACACAAAUGUGCCACACACACACACACACACAAAUGUGCCACACACACACACAAAUGUGCCACACACACACACACAAAUGUGCCACACACAACACACACACACACACACACACACACACACACACACACAGACACACACGUGUACAUAUAACAUAAGAUCCAGUGGCAUACCCAUGAAAUGACACAUAAAACAGGAGAGUGUAAAUUACCAGCCGGGGGAACAUUGCUCUCCUAGACACUCGUUGUUAUCUCCUUAUUGGUUUCUAAUCAGGAAGUGUGAUUCAGGAAGUGUGAUUUUUUUCAAGCGAAUGCUGCCUCAUCUCUGUAUGAGGGAGAGAUACCUGUUUGAAUGUUCAGUUAAUUGAUGGUAUUCAUUACAAAACACUGUAUUAUAAAAACACCAGAUGAAGGUUUGUAGACUGCAACAAUAGCCUUUUUUAUGUCUGUAUUUUUAAUAUUAUGUUUAACACACUGGGCACAGAUGUCAGUUCAACGUCUAGUUUUGAUUUACAUUUGGUUGAGUUGUCAACUAAGGUGAAUUUGACAUGAAAUCAACAAAAAGUCAUAAUGGGUCAUAAUUAAUAAACACUAUUUAAAGAAGUGUUUCCCUGUCAAACAGUUUUGUUAUAUUUUAGUCUUCUGUGAUAUAUCUAAAGUGUAGUAUUGGGAUGCAAACUCAAAAUGUAAUACAUUUAAACUCUAUAUCUGACAUGGUACAGGUGUCGUCUUAAACCCAUAACCAUGUGUUUGAGGUGUAUACUUUUGUUUCAAAGUAGAUUUGUUUAAGACUACCCAGAAACACCAACCUUGUGACCUUGAUUUAGCCCACUGCAGUAAAAUGUUCUAAGUUUGGUGGAUAAAAAUAUUUUUUUGCAAAUCCAAAUCAGUUUUUCACGUAGAUUUUUUGUUGUUGAAAUGAUGUCAAUGUAGGAGAGUUUUGUCUUUUGUAUUAAUGUUUUCAUUUGAAGUGUAUUGUAAAUGAUUGUCUCACAGAUUCUAGAUGUUAAGAUAAAUCAAUUUGAUAUAUUUAGUGCAUUUGUAAUAUUUUUAUAACGUUUGUGCUGCCUUAAAUAAAAGUAUUUUUCAUUUCAA